AUAAAGUCAGACACUUAUAUUUAUGAGAGUGUAUAGUUUACUGUAGCUAUGCGCCUUGGCCUUGGGCCGAUGGACAAUCGUUAGAAAUGUCAAUUUGAUCUUGGAAAUGAGAAUUUUCGUGGGGAUGGAGGAGAAAGUCCGGCGAAAGAAAGACGAGAAAGUAACCGUGAGAAUCAUGCACGAACCAUAGCCGUUUCAAAUUCUAAGUUACACAGCAAGAGAGAGUACACGAAACUUCCACGUCCUUGCUUAGUCCUCUUCAUCCAUCCUCAAUCUAUCAUCAUCCCUUAAAAUAGGAAGCAAAAAUAAAGAGCCUCUGCUUUUGCUUUGUCUCCCUGAUAAGUGCUGCUGCACCUUUUCAAUUUUCAAAAAGCUUAGUAUUAUUCGAAUCUUCAAUUAUUGAACAUUAGCGUAUACACAAUAAAGUUUCGUUUUCUUUGCUUUUGUUGAUUGAUUCUGUUGCAUGUUUGGUUACUUUAUGCAAUCAUAUCAAUAAUUAUCAACUCAGAAUCUUAUCUUAAUACAUUUUACUAGUAUAUUUUAAGUAUUUAUUUUCCUUUUUCUAAGUUGAACUAACCUUUGUUUUGUGUUGUCUUUUCUUGAAAAGAAGCUUGGCAUUGACAUUUCAGAUUGAGUGUGUUGGAGGGUGACAUGUGUCAGUGUCUGAUAUUAAUACGACACCCACACUUAUAUUAAAUCACGUCUAUUUUCUUAAAUGAUCGAUAACCAGUGUCUACGUGUUGGUGUCAAUAUGGUGUCUGAUGUUUGUGUUAGUGCUUUAUAGGUUGCUUCAAGUUUAAGCCAUGAUUAGCUAUAACUUGACAAUGUUGUUUUACUUAUGUUGCUAGAUUUUGUAUUGACAAGUCGUGUUGGUGUGUUGAAAAAUUACUUUUAAUUGCGUGGAAAAGAUUGAGAACUUGUUUUGAAAGUGUCCUUUUUAUAGCUUUAGGAAUUGGUGUCUGUUUGCAACUUUUCAUGUUAUUUGUUUUUCUUGAUUCGGUAUUUAAACAAAGAUAAGAUUGAUUUGGCUUGGUUUGGGUUGUUCUAAGAAAGGAGUGAGUUGAUAUGGGGGGACGAAGUUCUAAGGAAGAAACUUGGAGACAGAGUUCAAAUUCUUGGACAACAUAUGUUGAUCCACAUUCACAAUCAAGUUAUGGAGAGGGGAGUUAUGCCUAUGAAUAUGAUCCACAAUCUACAUAUUCUUCGUCGCAGUUGUAUUAUAACCUGCCUCCUCCAACUUAUUAUGAUGCUGAUGAAUCUUUUGAGAGUCGUAGAGUGGCCCUUGACGACAAUAGUACCAAGCUACGGAGAAAAUACUCGAGAAUUGCUGAUAAUUACAAUUCCAUAGAUGAGGUUACUGAGGCUCUUGCGCGUGCAGGCCUCGAGUCAUCGAAUCUUAUUGUUGGUGUUGAUUUUACAAAGAGCAAUGAGUGGACAGGAAAGAAUUCAUUUCACAGACAAAGCUUGCAUCAUAUUGGGAGUGACCUAAAUCCCUAUGAACAAGCGAUAUCAAUUAUUGGGAAAACCAUGGCAGAAUUCGAUGACGAUAACUUGAUACCUUGUUUUGGAUUCGGAGAUGCAUCAACGCAUGAUCGAGAUGUCUUCAGUUUCUAUCCUGAUGGAAGUUUUUGCAAUGGUUUUGAAGACGUGCUGAGUCGGUAUAGGGAAGUUGUUCCUCAUCUUCGACUUGCAGGUCCUACUUCAUUUGCGCCAAUAAUUGAAAUGGCCAUGACAAUUGUUGAGCAGAGUCGUGGCCAAUACCAUGUUUUGGUGAUAAUAGCAGAUGGUCAGGUUACAAGAAGCGUUGACACUGAAUAUGGAAAACUAAGUCCACAGGAACAGGAGACUGUGGAUGCCAUUGUUAGGGCCAGUAAGUUUCCUCUUUCAAUCAUAUUGGUUGGCGUUGGAGACGGACCAUGGGACACAAUGAAACAAUUUGAUGAUAAUAUUCCAGCUCGGGCCUUUGAUAAUUUUCAGUUUGUGAAUUUCACGGAGAUCACGUCAAAGAAUAUCCCUCCUUCACAAAAAGAAGUAGCAUUUGCACUUGCAGCAUUGAUGGAAAUUCCUUCUCAGUAUAAGGCAGCAAUAGAGCUUAGUCUUUUGGGAUAUACGUUCAAUGGUCGUCGAAGAGUUCCCCUGCCACCUCCAUCUACUGAAACUUCAAAGCCUUCUCAUGCUGCUAGGUUUGAGCCAAGUUUUCCUCCUCAGCACGGCAACGGAACAGCUCCGUCUGCCCCAAGCUCGACUUAUGAUAAUCAACUUUGUCCCAUUUGUCUGAGCAAUUCAAAAGACAUGGCCUUUGGAUGUGGUCAUCAGACUUGUUGUGAAUGUGGAAAAGAACUUAAGUCUUGCGCUAUAUGUAGGAGCUUCAUUAACACCAGAAUUAAGCUUUACUAAGCAUGAUCUUCAACUAGUAUGGAUUUUUGCUGUUGUUGUUGUUGUGACAGUCAGUUCUUUGAAUAUUGGAUCUCUUGAUCAAAUGUGUGUUUGAAAGAUAGAAAAUCUGGAAUUAACCAUUCAUUGUACAUGUAUCCAUGCAUCCAUUUAAUGAAUCAUAUAUUACUAUU